CCCUGCCAGGUCAUCACAGCGCACUGCCCGGUCAUAGUCGCUGAUCAGCGCUGCCAGCUGCUCCAGGUCCUCACCACCAGCUCCUUCUGCCACUUCUUUUGCGGCCUGCUCUGGGCUCUUCUGGUCACUCAUGACUGCCAACAGAUCUCAAGAGAUCU